ACCGCUGACGUGAUCAAAAGCUGAAUGAAAAUUUCUCUCCACAACAUUCGCCUCUCACGUCUCAUUUCCUCUCUUCCUGCUCAGACUCGUCUUAGUUCACAUCAAUGCCUCUCCACCUUUCACCUGCUCGACCAAAUGCCGCAAUGGGAUUGCAACCCUUACUUCCUCAACACUCUCCUCUCCUCUCACGUCCGCGCCGGCAACCCUACCUCUGCUCUCGUCCUCUUUCAAAAAAUGCGCGCUUUUGGUAUUCCUCUCGACUCCUACUCCUUUCCUCCUGUUCUCUCUGCUUCUUCCACCUGCUGUUCUUCUCUUGGACGACAAUUGCAUGCCCUAAUGGCGAAAACAGGGUGCCUCUCCUCGCCAAUAACUGCUACUGCUCUUCUCGAUUUGUACUCUAACAUCAGCCGGAUUGAAGACGCCCUGUUUUUGUUUGACGAAAUGCCUACAAGAGAUGUCGUCGCUUGGAAUGCUCUUCUCUCAUCCCUUGUCAUGCACGACCUAGCUGUUAAUGCUGUGGAUUCCUUUCGAUCUAUGGUGGGCAGUGGGAUUUCCUUCAACGGCUUUACGUUGUGCUCGCUGUUGAAAGCUUUUUCAGCUUUGCGAGCGCUUAGGCAGGGGAAGCAGAUUCAUGCUUGGGUUACUAUCACAGGCUAUGGUUCCCUUGUAAUGGCUACCACGCUCAUAGACUUCUAUUCGAGUUGUGCGCAGGUUCAUGUGGCCAUUGAGGUCUUUAAAAGACUGCAAUGCCCCAAGGAUUCUGCUAUUUGCAAUGCUCUGGCCAACGCUUGUGUUAUAAAUGGCUGCUUUCAAGAGGUUUUUGCUUUGCUGAUGGAGAUGAAACCGCUGAAUGAGGCAGUAAAAUGGUAGAGGAUUUUAGCUGUCUCUUAAGCCCAGUUCAGCAACAAUUUUACUUCCAUCUUCAGGUAAUUUUAAGACUAAUUAU